AUGGAGACUGCACGAUUCACGCGAAAGCCGAAACGAAGACGCCGACUGUUGGCUGACCUAGUCGCAUUGUUUGUCUGGUCGGUCUACCAAUAUGUGCUUCUCCCAGUAUCGGGUCGCAACCACUACAGCUUUUUGGUAAUUGAGAACCCCAUGCACCCGGGUCCAAUAAAAGUUUAUCACGUCAACUCGAUGAAAAAUGCUCACAGCUCGGCGUAUGUUUUUGACGUUCUGCAAUGGUGGAGCACCUUUGUCCAUUUGACCAAGCCCCAGCAAUUAAAUUGGAUCGACUGUGGAGUUAACGUGCUUCAUUACAUGGAUGUGAUUUCAAAACACAUUGCAGCCGAGAAGCCUGGAUCGAUCGAGGAGAAGUUCGCCGCGUGGACAGAGGGUGAUCUCGGCGUCAAGAAGGCAGCAGCAUACCGAGCUAAGUUGUAUAGGACUAUAUCUCCAGCGUGA